UGACGUUGUUCCAGCUCAAGCAGCUUUUUGUUUGCACGGCUGAGGUCUUGAAGUAUUUCUGGCACUUUGGCGCCUCCUGUGGCCCUGUUUAACAAUCGAGCCGUGUCCCUGUCUCUCUCUCUCCCACACUUCCUGUCCGUCAGUCCUGUGCAGCAGCAGCAGCCGCCUGUCCUCAGACAUGGAGAGCUGGUAGAAGCGCAGCAGCAGCGGCCGCUCUCCCCUCCUCGCUCCGGUGGAUGUUGGAUGUACCAUGAGGUCUCCGCGGCUCUGGGCGGUUCUGUGCCUCCUCCUCACCGCCUCCUGCCGGCUCUGCGCGGCCGCCCGACACGGUUGUUUGUUUGAGAAGAAGCUCUGUCCCAGAGGCCAGCUGUGCAACGAUGACGGGCUGUUCGGACAGUGCCAGGCUCCUCACCAGGAGCCUGUCCAGUACCAGGUGUCAGUACAGGUCCUGCACAAACUUCAGGAAGUCCUCAAAGACCUGAUGGUGCAAGGUCUGACCUGGAGGGACGACAUAACCCAGGAGAUCAUCGGCCGAGAGCUGAGUCACGUUCCCGUUGUCGGCUCCUCGUCCAGACUUCAUGAGAAGUCACCUAAACCCCAGCGGAGAGUUCAGGGACCCGAGGAUCCAGCUAACCCUGAGAUGGUGCAACAGUACGUGGACUACAUGAUCCUCGACCCCUCCCGAUCCUCUGUCCACAUGCAGACGCCCCUGCUUGACCCCUACACUUACCACAAGCAGCAGCAGCAGUACGGCUACCAGGAGGAAGAGGAGCGCUCCCUCAACUCUCUAGACGAUAAUCCAGCCUUCCCGCUCCUCGCCUCGCCCUCCCGCUCCAGGUCCAGAGGAAACUCUGUGGACAGAGACCGGCAGCUCCUCCAGAACCUGGUGUCCUUUUACCUCACUUCCCCCUCGUCCUCCUCUUCUUCCUCCUCUUCCUACCCUGUGCAGUCCCUCUCCCGCAACAGAGGGGCAGCGGCAGCAGCUGCAGGAUUUCCCUCAUCGUUGUCCUCCUCCUCAUCCUCCUCCCUCUUCCGGGAGCUGGACUUCCCCCUGGACUACGGCGAGGACUACAUUUCCCAGGUGGCUCAGCUCAGCAAACAGCAGCAGGCAGAGAAGAAGAAGCAGGAAGAGUAUGAUGCCCUGUCAGCACUGGAUGAGCGCUCUCUGCACAGGCUGGCUCUGCUGCUCGAUCACUACGGCCUCGACGUCAAGGACCUGUCCCCCGAGCAGAAGGAAAACCUGCCAGCCGCCCUGAAGCAGCUGCAGCUGGACGGCUCGUACGCCCGCGGACGAGAUAAAUAUGGGAACAGUGCUGCCACAGGCAAGAAGAUCACUGAGGGUUCCAUGGCGUAUAAGAUGGCCGCCCCAGAGGCUCCGCCCUCCAAGCCAGAAGGAGUCCAGAAAGAUUCGCCCGCAGCAGCUAAUCAGGAGACACAGAGGAAGAACGAAGCAGCAGCCAAGCCGGAGUACGGCUACAUCGUCACCAAUCAGAGCCCCCUCAGUCUGAACGACGGGGUGCGACUGUUGCAGCGUCUGUCGGAGAGGAUCGGCCUCUCCAGCGGCUCCUUCAUCCACAUCAGUGUGGUCGGACCUGCGAUCACCUUCAGGAUCAGACCCAACGCCAAGAACCUGACGGCUGGAGACGUGGCAGAGAAAGCUGUUGCAGAGAAGAACUUUGUGGAGUCUGAGACGGGCCUGAAGGUGCUGCAGAGCGGCGUUGGACAGAGGAAUGAUGGGAAGGCGUUGCCCCUGGCGACCCGAAUCCAGCCCAAGCCCAGCUCACGUUGGGUGUUCGCCACGCUGGUGGCCAUGGCCUGCAUCGGCAGCAUCCUGGUGGCGGCCAUGACCAUCGCCUGCCUGCGUCACCACGCCCACCGACUGGCCGCAAAGAAGCUGGGACUGGGACCGGAGGGAGGCAGCUUCAGCCACCAGGAGUACCAGGACCUGUGUCGCCAGCACAUGGCCUCCAAAGGCGCAUUCGGACGCCUGGAAGCUGCUGCCCUGGGUGCAGUGGGAGGAGCGAGUGGAGGAGGAGCUGCUGGAGGAGGAGCAGGAGGCGGAGGCGUCGGGGGAGGAGGAGGAGGAGGAGGUGGAGCAGCAGGAGGUGGAGGUGCCGACUCGAGGGUGAGCAGUGUGUCGUCCCAGUUCAGCGAUGGAGCCCAGCCAAGUCCGAGUUCCCACAGCAGCACGCCGUCGUGGUGUGAGGAGCCGGCGCAGGCCAACAUGGACAUUUCAACGGGUCACAUGAUCCUGGCAUACAUGGAGGACCACCUGAGGAACAAGGACCGUCUGAUGAAGGAGUGGGAGGCCCUGUGCUCCUACCAGGCCGAGCCCAGCGCCGUCUCUGUGGCUCAGAGCGACGCCAACGCCAAGAAGAACCGCUGCCCCGACUCUGUGCCCUAUGACCACUCGAGGGUGAAGCUGAAGGCGGAGAUCAACCCUUCACGCGCUGACUACAUCAAUGCCAGCACCAUCAUCGAGCACGACCCCCGGAUGCCGGCCUACAUCGCCACCCAGGGCCCCUUGUCGCACACCAUCUCCGACUUCUGGCAGAUGGUGUGGGAGAACGGCUGCACUGUGAUUGUGAUGAUGACGGCUCUGGUGGAGGACGGGGAGAAGCAGUGCGACCGCUACUGGCCCGACGAGGGCUCGUCCCUCUACCACAUCUACGAGGUGAAUUUGGUGUCGGAGCACAUCUGGUGUAACGACUUCCUGGUGAGAAGCUUCUACCUGAAGAACGUGCAGACGCAGGAGACCAGGACGCUCACUCAGUUCCACUUCCUCAGCUGGCCGGCGCAGGGCAUCCCCACCUCCACACGGCCCCUGCUGGACUUCCGAAGGAAGGUGAAUAAAUGCUACCGAGGACGAUCCUGCCCCAUCAUCGUGCACUGCAGUGACGGUACAGGCCGGACGGGGACUUACAUCCUGAUUGACAUGGUUCUCAACCGUAUGGCCAAAGGCGUGAAAGAGAUUGACAUCGCUGCUACCCUGGAGCAUGUCCGAGACCAGAGGCCUGGGAUGGUCCGCACCAAGGACCAGUUUGAGUUCGCCCUGACGGCCGUCGCUGAGGAGGUCAACGCCAUCCUCAAAGCUCUGCCCCAGUGAAACCGGUACGACCCAGACCGGCCUCGAGCCUGACGGCCUGACCCCGCCCCCCCUGACUCCGCGCUCAGCCUCCUGUCUUACCUUGGCUUUUCUCUCUGUGAUGAUGAUUAUCAUGAUGAAGAAAGAUCGAGUGAUUCCUUGAAACUUAAUUGUGAUGUAAAAAUAAAAAAUCAAAUAAAUGUACUUUAUCAGGCAGGAUUUGCGCAGGCAUCGUUUUACUUUAAAGUAUUUCUGGCACAGACAUGACGCUUUCAGGGACAUUCGGAGGGUAAAAAGUGUUUGUCCACAGCUAAUGUAAGAAAAAAUUAAACCAGAAAGAUGAAAACUUCAAAACAGACCUAAAAGCACCUGUGAAAAUGUACAACUCUUUAGUGAUGAUGUACUGGUCUGCAUAUGAAUGAGCAACAGACUAUUUAAACAUCAGAUUUUAUCCAGCCUGACGUUCUGGUAGCUACGCUCCGUUUUGAACCAGAUUGAAAAAAAAUGUAAUGUUUCCUCUUAUUUGUGGUUGAAGUUUGUUGAAAUUGUGCUGCUCUCGAGUCAUCCCGUUGGUUUUGGUCUUGACGCAAAAAAAAGGCUCCAAAAAAGCUUAAUUGAUUAGAUUUCUAGAGUGUCAAAAGGAAAAAUGGUUUCCAUUUUAAAGUUAUUGAUUGUUCACACGUCCUGCUCGAUCUGUAGCUUCCCUUCCUCUCCUCACAGGAUGAAAACCUGCUGAAAACACAAACGUGUGGCGUCCGUCUCUUUGUGUGCCAUUCACAUCAUUUUGACUCACCAGAUAUGUUGUUGUAUACCUCACGCAAGUCAAAAAAUGAAUAAAAAAAAAAACACCUAAAAAUAUUAAAUGCUAUUCUCUUAAAACAAGAAAUGCUAUUUUGUAUCUGUGAGACCUUAAAUAAACCUUUUCGUGUUUAA